AUGCGAGCAAGUGAUGAUCAAAAUGCUGUUGAUGAUCAUCAAUCUUUUUCUACAGCUGAGAUCGAUACUAUUAUUGGUCGUACUUAUACCACACGUGGUAUAAAACGUUCAUAUGAAGAAGACUCGAUUGCAAUUGAGCCUAAUCGAAAUAAAUAUAGAGAGAUAAAACUUUCUAAAGAUAAACGAGAUUUAUUACAUUUGAAAGAUACCUAUCAUAUAACAGAUAGUGCUUUCAAUGCUAUUUUUCAGUUUAUUAAAAGUAAAAAGAAAUUGUGUUCUUUAGCCGAAAUUGAACGACUUAGGAAAGAAACCAAUUCUAAGUUUCCUAUUUUGUUCACGAAAACCAGUGCAUAUGUUAGAUUUGAAUAUGCUAUACGUACUGCAAUUUUUGUUGCGCGUAAACAUGAGCCAAAGCUUGAACAGUUUGAUACACUUAAUGUCCGUUUCAACAUGGAUGGUACUUUGAUAGGAAAUAAACAUAUAGUUGCGAUAUCAAUUAAUUGUAUUGAAGGCGGUUAUCCAUGUCAAAGUUCAAAAAAUCUUGUUCCGUUAGAAUUUAUUGCUGAUAUUAAAUCAGUCAAACAGAUUUCUUUAGGUACAAAAAUUGUUGAUAUACGUAUACGACUUGGUGGUGAUUUGAUGAAUGCUGUGUAUGUGUUCGGACUUGCUGGAUUUAGUUCCAAUUAUCCGUGUAUCUUUUGUACACAGCAUAAAGAUGAUCUUCAUGUUACCGAAGAUACAGCCUAUGAUAAAACCGUUACAGAAGGAAAAGGAAGGAAUAAGAGAAUAGCUAUUGUUCAUGUUGGUCCAACAUCGUAUCGUGAUGUAACUAAACGAGCACGAUCUCUUGCUGAACAAGCUUCAUGUUUAGCAACUAAAGCUAAUGAUUUAGGAUAUAAAUGUGAACCAUUGUUUGGAGAUCUUUUCGAUUAUCAGGAUUACUGCGUUGAUACAUUACAUUUGAAAUUGCGUGUUUUUGAUGUUAUUUUGAAAGAUAUAUUGUCUCAUGCUUCUCGCACUGGUAAAUAUGGAGCUGAUCAUCUGAAUAUAAUUGAGCAAAAAAUCGAAAUUCUUAAUAAACAUUGCGAAAAAACUAUAGGAAAACGAUUUUUUUUCCAAGUUGAUUCAGAUAAUAAUAAUAAAACAAUUGCCUCUCAUGGCAAACUUUCUGGUCUUCUGCAAGAUCAUUUUUUCAUAGAUAGUUUUCCAUAUGAUGAUAUACUUGAUGAUGGUAUCGCUAAAUCAGCUCGUAUUGUUGUAAAUAAAUUUAAAGAAAUUCUUCAUGAGAUUAAGCAUACUUCGAUAAAAAGAAAAGGCGUUCUCAAACGUUUAUCACUUGAAUUUGUUAAGGAAUUUCGUCAAAGUGGUCUUCGUACGACUGUAACUCCAUAUAUUCAUAUAAUUGGUAAUCAUUUAUAUGAAUUUGAUGAGUUCAAUAAUCUAGGAGAUUAUAAUAUGCAGGGUGUUGAAAAAAACAAUAAUUUGUUGUCUCGUCUAUAUUUUUCAUCUACAAACCCUGCAAAAAAUCCACUUCUUACUAUGCUUCAGACAUCAUAUCGUAUGCUUGAAAUGAAUUUUCAAGAUGAAAAAGAAAGAAAUCUCAUGCGUGAAUUUGCUCGUACGGGUGUAUAUGACUUUGUCGAAGAAGAUACGACUGAAUUUGAAUCUGAAUCUGAUUCUGCAGAUUAUUCUCCCGCUCGUCACAAUAAAGUAGAUUAUUUGGAAAAUGAAGAUGCAUCUGACCAAGAGUUUAGUUCAGAUACGAGAGAAACUGAAGAAGAAUAUGAUGAAGAAACAGAACUUGAUAAAUCCAU